AACGGGACUCAGUUUUAGAAAACGGAUCGAGAAGAUGCUCUGGAAGCCGGUUCGAAUCAGUUCGUACUUUCUUGAAGUGAAUGGAUUGAGAUAGGUGUCCUGCUCAUGUGGGAGGAGAAAAAAAAGUUUUAAGAGUGUUGAAAGCGUGCGAAUCAAUUAAUUAUGAAUCGCUCAAUGACAAGUCAAAAUUUUCCUUCGUUGAUCUAUGGAAAGCUGAACUUAAACGUUAGCUUCGAGUUUUGCAAGGGAAAUGUGGAAGAUUUAAAUGAGUUUGCAUUAAACUUGUGCUUCGACAGUGAAGAUGUGCGAAGGCAAGGGUUUCAAUCGUCGACCGGAAAUAGGACUCCACCAUUGGAGUAUCCUACGGAUUCUUCAACUUUUAUGGAGUGGGGUUACAUGAUUGGAGAUUUCCUCACUUUCUAUUACACUCCGGCACUGGUGGUGAGCGGCAGCAUUGGAAACAUCCUGUCGGUGUUGGUGUUUUUUCAUACCAAGUUGAAGAAAUUAUCCUCAUCUUACUAUCUGGCCGCACUUGGGAUUAGUGACACGUGCUUCCUAUUGGGAUUGUUUGUGACAUGGUUGAGCUUCUUCCAAAUCCAUAUCUACACGCGUGAAGGGUACUGUCAGUUGUUUACCUUCUCUAGUGGAUUGAGCAGUUUCCUAUCGGUGUGGUAUGUCGUGGCGUUCACAUUCGAGCGCUUCAUAGUGGUCCUCUAUCCGCUGAAGCGUCAGAGUUGGUGUACAGUGCGUAGGGCGAAAUUGGUUAUUGCCAGUUUAACCUUCCUUGGCGGAUUGCACAGCGCUCCCUACGUGUUCUUCGCCGGACCCCAGUUUUCUGAGCGAAGCAAUGCUACUAUCUGUGAUGUACGAGAGGAAUAUAAG